CAUGUGGUUUGGGGUAUUUUCACCAAAUGUUAAAUCACACAGAAUAUUUCACUCGUCUCCAGUGUGAGAUCACGACAUGACUCCUCUGUAAUGAAUUCUUUAUCUUGGCAGCCCUCCUGCUUUCUCCCAACUGUGCCUCCCUCUCUCCCCUUCUGGUGCCGGCGCAGGCACAUCUGGCAGCACUCGGGGUGUGAUGUGGCGCUGGGGUCUGCCUCGCCGCCCUCACCUGCAGGCUCCAGCACCGCUGCCGGGGCCAGCCCCGUGUCCCCAACCCGCCACGGCCCCGCUUCCAACCCGGGAACCCCCGAGGGCCCGAGCCGCGGCCCGGGCGUGGGGCGGGCGGGUGCCGGUCGCCAGGGCGACGCGUGAGGCCUGCGCCCGCUGCCGGCACCGCCAUGGGCCCCAAGCGGCCGAAGGCCGCCGCCGCUGCCGCCUCUGCGGGGCCCGCGGCGAAGAGCUGGGAGGCCGCGCUGGUGGCCGCCGCCCUGGAGGAGGAUGACUGGAAGCCUAGCAUCGCUUUUGUGGUUGGGACCAAAAUUGAGGAUGAAAUCCACACAACAGCCUUGUCUCUUGCUGUGCAGGUGCCACAACGGAAGCUCUUCAGCGUGGUGACGCGUGAAGAUAUCUUCAGACAGAUCACAGAAUCUGGAAGUCAAAAGGGAAAAAAGGUUAAGGAUGUGCCUGUGUUCUAUGAGGUAGUAGAAGCAGCCAAAGCCAUUCUUGAUAGUGGAGAAGAGAUUCCUGUAACACUAACUGGAAAGCUAUUGAAAUUUCAACUGCUUUGUCUUAAACAGAAAGACCUUCAGAGAAGGGAAGCUGAAAAGAAGGCAGAAGAAAAGCUAAAAAAGGAAAAAGAUGGAGGAAAAGAGAAAGGUAAACCUCUUGGCAAGAAGGAGAAACCCCCUAGUGCCAAGACAGUUGAGAAAGAAAGGAAAGGAAGAAAGACAGACAUAGCCCCUGCAGUGCCAGCUACUGUUAAAAAGAACACCCAGUUGAAGCGACGAGGAGAAGAGGAAGAGGAAUACAAAUACAUUGAUGAUGAACCAGAUGAUGGUGCCCAUUAUUACUUUAUAAUCUUGGGUUUCCACAACCCUCAGCUACUGCCUGUGAUGUCUGAGCUUGGAGUUAAUGUUUCAAGUGUAAUCAGGAUUUCUUCUGAGAAUUAUGAUCCAUUACAGACAUAUUUGGAAGCAGCUAAACUUCAAGAAGAAUCUUUACUUUCACCUGAAGAUGUUGAAGCAGAGAAAAGAAAGAAAGAUGAAGCUGUCAAAGAUCUGGAAAUGUUUUGGAAAUACCUAGAGCCAGUUCUGAACAGUGGAAAGCACGGAUCAAGUCUCUUUGAUGUUGCCAGACUUCAUCACCUGGUUAAGGAGAAUGCCUUUCCCUCCGACUGGUCUGACAAGGAAAUGCUGCUUGCACUUGGCACUGCAGUGUUUGAAAGUAUUGCUUGUUUAAUGUAUGACUGCCUGGAUUGGAGAAGACAGCAUUGUAACUACUUGGAAAACACCAAGUUUAUUAAUGUGCCUGAAUUAUCAGGGAGCAAAUCAACACAACCACCUGCAACUGAGAUACAACCAGCACCACAGGUUACACCUUCAAAGAAAAAAGGGCAAGCAGAAGAAAAUCUGCCAACAGUAAUUUUGUCACAGGAGGAAGAAUUUCCGGUUUUGGCUGCUUCUAUGGAUAUGAGAUAUUACAAUGACUUGCUGAAUCAGAUUCCUGAGGAAUGCUUUUCUGUGCCCUUAAUGCUGAACUGCAUGCUGGAACAGGUUAUUGCAAGUGAAGAAGACCUUACACCACCUAGUCUGGUGGUGCCAGAGCGCCGGGCAGAUGGGCUACAUCAUACCAUUGCAGGUCAUAUAGCUUCUGUCCUUCCUUCUCUUCCACUUUCUGAGAGUGAAAAAAAGAAUCUCUAUGACUACUUUUCUCCUAAGUACAGUGAAGAAACUGUAACCCCCAAGUACCCUCUCUUAUUUAAUUACCGUGAUACUCUGGCUCAGCGAUUACACCUGCUGAAGGUCCAAGACAACUUAAAUCCAGAAAAGAUUGAACGUGAAAUGAUGGAUAAAUUGCCUCUUAGGGAACUUAUCCAUUUCAUCCUUCCAUCGACUGUAAACAACACUAAACGCUUGGCCAAUGUUCAUGAGCUCAUGCGUUAUUUCACUAGUGAACUUCUGAGUUGGGCUGAAGUAGAAAGAGCCUUCAGAGUGUUUACUUUUGAAAGCCUGAGGCUGACUGGGCUGAGUGACUCUGGUCUCCUGGAGAGCUCUGGAUCUAUGGUUGGAGGUGAUUCUGAAGUGUCUUAUAUCCCGUGGGAUAAUCCAGCCAGGUUUGCAAGACAGCUGAGACAACUCUUCCUUAUGGAAACGAAGCUUAAUGAGAAAUCACCAAGAGGCUCUGGACAUGCAGAAACAGAUGAUAAGGAUGGAAGAGAUUGGUCAGCUGAUCCUGUUUUGAGCAAAGAAUUGGAUCUUUUUUGUUCUGAUCUGGUGAGUCUGGAAAAUAAUGGCCUAGAACCAAACUUAGAAGAAAUAAAAAAGAUUCAGAAGCGUUGUCUGACAGACUGGAGUUUUGCUGAGUAUUUUCAACCCCAUGUUCUUCUUCAGGUUCUGUAUGCUGCAACCCAAGAGUAUAGAUGUAUUGAUUGCUUUUAUCAUACCCAAGAUAACUCUUUACUAAUGGUUCUUCACAAUCCUAUGAAUCAGUAUCGUUCGUGCCAAGAGACUUGGGAUGUUGCAUUACACUCUAAUGUUGGAUUCAGGAACUAUCUUGAGCUGGUAGCCAACUCAGUUGAAGACUGGGUGAAAGAAGAAGAAGUCAAAUACCAAGAAGAGAAGAUAGCUAGGGAAAUAGAGGCUCUUAAAUUGGCAGAAGGCAUUGCAGAAGGACCUUCUGAAUUUUCUGAAUGUGCUGUCAAAAAAACUGGCUUCCCUAAGAAAGCCACAAACAGCACAUCAAGACCUGAGAGCAUAAUGAAGACCAUUCCAGAAUCUCAAUCCAGCAAUGAAGAAAGUCCUUUUAUCAGAGAAGGUUCUCUUAAGGCUUGGAAGGAGGAACAGAAUCGAUUACAAGAGGAAGAACGACUUAAGGAAGAAAAAAAAGUGAAAAAAGAAAAUUUGGGUGGUAAAAAUAAAAGACAGGAGACAGCAAUAUGUGUAGAAAGUGAAGGUUCCAAUAAGAAAAGUUUCUCUUCCAAAGAGAAACUUGAAGAUGAGACAGCAAAAGCCCCUGAACCUGAGGAGGAUCCCAGCAUUCCAGAAACACAUUCUGAGAAAGUGUAUAAGUUUCUCGGCUACAACAUGGGGGAGAGUCUCAUUCAAGUGUCUGGAAUCAGUCACUAUCUUUUCCCAUCUGAUGGAGGACAGAUUCAAUUAGAGAAGAUAGAGUUUGUAAAAGGUCUAACUUUGGUUAAGUUGAAAGUGAUAAAGGACAACCACAAUUUCUUCAUUCAUAUCACAGAUCCCAAGAAAAACUUAACAGGAAUUGAAGUGCAAGAAAGUAAUGAUGAACAUAAAAUUACAUCAGGAAAAAUGAAGAAUCAAAAGAAAGCUGUGAGCAAGUUUGGAUCUUUUUCAGCCACCUUAGAAAAUGGAAUCCAGCUGUCCCUGAGCUAUUAUGGACCUACAGGGAAGACAGCAGAUGAUGAAACAGAUCCUGUCUUAGCAACAGUUCUGAACGUCCCUUCUGUUCAUUUUCCGACUGUGUUUCCUUCUACUACGUCAGCUUCAGGAAAAAAAGAUAAGUCAGUCAAACAAAAACCAGGAAAAUCUCUGCCGUCUACAAAAGCAAGCCAUAGCAGAGUAAGCUCUCCACCACCAGACACCCACAUAAAACAAGAAGAAGGAAAGGUGGAGAUAAAAGAACCAGCUUCCCAAACACAAGUCAUUUCAGAUGCUCUUGCUUUCCGAAGCUUGAAUGUCUCCUGUCCCAAUGGACUAGUAGUAACUUUCCUUGGUGAAAGUUUUGAAGAUUUGAAACGUGAGGCCAAAGCAGGUGAAGCCAAGGAAGAGGAGCCUGAGAAAGGUGAGACCAAAGCAGAUGAAGCUAAGGAAGAAGAGCCUGAGAAAGGUGAGACUAAAUCAGAUGAAGCCAAGGAAGAGGAGGUUGAGAAAGCUGUAACCAAAGCAAAUGAAGCAAUGGAGGAGGAGGUUGUGGAAAGUGGAGAGAAGGAACAUGAGGUUACAGAAGGUGAAAUAAGGCAAGAAGACACCAAAAGAAAAAAGGCGAAACAGCCUGCUCUGGAAAUUCUUGUAAGGCAAAGUUAUCCCCAAAAGAUAAAGAACUCUCAACUAUAUACAUCAGUGGCAAGUCAUAUAGAACAAGAGGUGUCAAGAGUCAUCACUGGACAAGGAACUGUCGUAAAGUACAUGAUGGAUGGAUCUACCUGGAUUCUGUUUGCUAAUGGCACAGUGAGUAGGAGUCCUGAUUCUGGCCCUGUCCUUCCACCGCCUGCAAUUCCAGAUAACACGGAACUGUUACCAGAAUCAGAGCCUUUACCGGAGACCAGCUCUAAGAAAGGAAAAGGAAGUGACAGAAAUGGUGUAUCACACCCAAACAAGGAUGAAGUGUCUGAAAAUACCAUUCAGGGUCUAGCUGAUUCUGAUCAACCUAAGAGGAAUCAGGCAGGAACCUGGAUAACAACAACCCCAUUAGGCAUUCAAGUGGGCACUGAAGGAGCAAAACGAAUGGAUCUGGAGCCAAUCUUAAUCUAUCAGGCAACUGACCCAGCUGAUGGAACGGUUAUGACUGUACGAGAUGAUGAAGUAAUAAUCGUUGAGAAGCUGGAUGGUAGCAGAGUAGUAGACCAUGCUGAUGGUACUAGGAUCACAACUUUUUAUCAAGACUGCAAAGAACUUUUUAUGCCUGAGGAUAGUGAGGAAACAGAUGAACUCUCAGAAGCCAUCACAAAGAAAGUGAAAUAUGUACGAGUAGAAAAUCCCAAGUUUGCUACUGUUACAACAAAUUGUGAGGAUGGUUCUUGUUGUACCAUCUUUGCAGAUGGGACAUCUGUUAUAGCAAAGCCACAGGGAAGAUAUCAGGUUUUACCCAUCAAGACAGGCUCCCUUUUCAUUGAUGAAGAUUGCACAGCAGUUUAUACCCAUGAAGUUUACAAUUUCAUCAGCAAGAAGGAAGUAAAACAAACAGGGAGAUAUGUUAUGAAACACACUUCCAGCACUAUCUGUGAGGUGAUGGAUCCUGAAGGAAAUCUUUUCAAGGUCAUGGCUGAUGGCAGCACAUCUGUGGUUGUUCCUAGCAUGGGCUCUGACAACAAGGAGAACAGAAGUUCAGCAUCAGUACUCCCAGAAGAUAAGAAACCUAUCAUUUAUGAUGAGCAUGUCCCCAGGUUCUUUGUCAUCCAAACGGAUGGUUCAGGAACUGAACUCCUACGGAGCAGGGAUGUAGAAGAGUAUCUCACUGAGGCUUCUAGAGAUUCAGCUGCUGUGGUCUUGCAGGAACCUGUACAAGAACAUCCAGGUGUUUUAAGUAUUACUGUCCUCCGCCCUUUGCUUGAAGCCUCUCCCUGGGUAAUGAAGAAAGAACCAGAGAGUAUUGUUCCUCCAAAUCUUCAGACAAGGACUUGGAAUACAUUUUCUCCUCAUGAGAGGAAGAUCACAGAUCCUCCAGUCAGAACACAUAUUUGGAAGGGUCUCCACAUCGAAUCUAAAAAGCAGCCGUGCUUGCCAGUACCUGUGCGAAAAUGUCCUAAUAAACUGCAAAUCCGUCAGCUGUUCCAGUAUGAGCCACUCAGUGACGAACUGAGAGAAAAGCUACAGCUUUCUCUCAAGGAAUACAUAGAAAACAUUUUAAAGCAGGAAAGUGAGCUGGAAGAGAUGAAUGUAAAAGAACCAAGAACAGAAGAUGAAAAAGAGAAUGCUGCAAAUCUCCUUGAUCUGGUUACGUCCUUCCCUAUCUGGGAGAAGUCAUCUGAAGAUCUCGGUGCCAGAGCUGACAUAACUGAGCUGUAUGAACAUGCAGUCGCUUCCCAAUGCCAGCAUCACACAGAGAAGACAGUCACUAAGCAAACAGAGGAACAGGAGCAGAGUUUCAGCACAAAUGGACAAACACCAGUGUCCAAAUGGCAGAGCAAACUACAAGAGUACAGGAAAGAACUUGAUGAAGAAAAGGAAACCUUAAUGGCAAUAAGAAACAAAAUAAUUCCUCCAUAUUUUGAAUCAGAAUUGGGCAAGGCAUUUCUCUCAAAAAAGUUUCCUGAUGUGGAAGCACUGUCAAAUGAACUUCCUCCAGUUCCAAAAAUAGAAAGUGAAAAUCUCCUUUUAGAGACAAUCAAAAACCCCAGGAGAGCAUCUGAAUGUCUCAACAGCACAAGUGAUUCUUCACCAUCUCCAGGUCUUCUGCUGAAGACUCAUUCAAAGCAAAGUAAAGGUUCCAGCAGUGCAACAGAUCUAAGCAAGGCUGCACGGUCACAAGAGAUGCCCUUUCAACUUAAAGUUCAGAGUCUGCUGGUGAAUGCUGCAGGACAGCCAAGAAAAGAGAAAGUGAGAUUACCAUCUUCACUUCAGGGAAGAAAACCAAACUCCAUACCACACAAAAAGAUAGAAGAUCCUGUUGCAGGAAAGGUCAACAUAUCUUCUCUUGCAACAACAAAAUGGCAUCAUUGUGGCUUCCAUCUCAUUCCACCUAGAGUGACAUUUGGAGUACUAAAGGAAGGCUGCACCUAUGCAACCACUGUGAUUCUGAAGAAUGUUGGCAUAAACUUUUCAAGGUUUCGGGUGAAGCAACCACCUCCGCACACUGGAUUGAGCGUGAUGUACACACCAGGACCUGUGGCAGCAGGAUUGCAGGUUGAACUGGAGAUAGAAAUAUUCGCCAUGGUAAUUGCAGGGGAAGGUACUGACGGUCGUGAAGAAAUUUCCCAUGAUAUUGAAAUAUUAACGGAAACAGAGACCAUUCUCCUGCCUGUGAGAGCAACUGUGUUAGCCACUGACAUCUAUGAGUGCCGCCCUCAAGGAUACCCCCAGGGUGGGAUGGCAGCAGCAGUCUGGACAGUUUCUACAAAGCGUAAGCCGCGGUUCCGGAUCACACUACCCUGAAAACUUUCUAGCUAAUGUCAGAGCCCUGGAAGAAUGAUGUAAAAAAUUGGCAAUAGUGAAUUACCUGAAUUUUAGUCCAAUGUUAUGGAAAUAUUCCCAAUGUAGACUUUUUCAUUUAUUUAAUCAAAAUAACACAAAUAAAUUUUGUUUUCUGUCUGGGAAGGGUAGUCUGAAAGUUGCACUGCCUUCUGUCUGAAUUGUGAACAGCAGAAUGAUUCUUAUAUUUCAGUCCCAAUACUUCAUAAUUGCACUUCAGAAGAGUGCUGAGUGCAUCCUGAUAGGUUUAUUUUGUUUUUAAAAGCGGUUAUGUUUCUACAGCCCAUGCUGAAGCACCUGAAAUUUUUUAAGUACUGAGCAGCUGGUUUCACUGAAGUCAACAGUGACUCUGAGAAAGAAGCUGUAGCAGGAACAACUGAUCUGCUCUGGUCUUCUAAUUCCAACAUUUCUCCUUGCUUUCACAAUCAGAGCUUAGCUUUCUGUGCACAGACCGUUCACCUACCUUUAAUUAUCUUCAGACAGCAGAUGGGGAUUUUGAGUACAAAGUUGCACUUGACAGAGGAAUUCUCUUUAUAUCUUCUUGUUCACCGUCAGAUAUGAUUAUCUUCAAAUGCUCAUUUUUUUCCAUCAUGAAAGACUGAAACGCUUAGUGGUGGCAUUUUCCCACUUUUGUUCCUACUUAAGUAGUAGUGACUAAAGGAAAUGUCUUAAUCUCUUUCAGAGAUACCCUAUUCACACAGCCAAGUGUAGUUCUGCUUUCUUUUUAUGAAUUUAUUUCCAAUGAAUUGUUUUCCUGUGCUUCAUCCUUUUUCACUAUGUGACUGAGAGAUGGGGAAUUUUCCUUGAGAAUACAGAUGACUUGUUCUCUCAACACUUCUCAGUGACUGAGAAUCUCACAACUGGGGAUUAGACAAUAGCUUUCACCGGUGUGAAACAUAAGCGUCAGUUUCAAACUCACCCAUCCACAAGGGUUUGUGACAUACAUAUUCCAAUUAUAAUUUGACCCCGCAUUUUCAAGUGAUUUCCUGGUCAGGUUUGUAAAUCCAGAUUUCACCAAAGGAACAGCUAGCUGAGGUACCCAUCUACCAGAACUCUGGUAUACCAGUUGCAGGUACAGACUGGUCAUGAUAUACAAAUCAGAGAAAAUGAAGGGAAAGUUCAAGGGGAAGCCCAUGUUAGCACCUAUGGAGGGGACUUCCCACCACCUCAAACACCUUUUCUUCCAAGAUUCUUCCUGAAUCCCAGUGACAGCAAACAGAGAUGAAGGUGAAGGAAUUCCACCUCCUCCAACUCACCUCAAAGGAGUCACCUGUCAUCAUCAUGACAAGAUCAGAGUGCAUCACUCUUCUAUACCAUAAUGUACAUGCUUGUCAUCAGUCCCCAAGUCUAUGUGCACCCAUGGCCAGGACUUUUCUCCCAGGGCUCCCAGAGGAUCAUCAAACAGCAGCUCAUUGCUGAGGUUCCCAAAUAUUUAUCUCCCUGGCAUAAAGGUUAAAGACAGAGCACAUCACACUGAAGCACAGAGUCAGUCUCCCCCUUUUGGUAUCUCUUUCCUCAGUCAUCACUGUGAAGGUGCACUGUAGUGUCAUGAGCCACCCCUCCAUUUGUAACGCUUUUCAUCCUUUGUUUUCCUGGUGUACCAGCCUUUUUCAGCAGCAGUUGACAAGGAUACAAGACUUCAAAUAUUAUUACCAACACAGUUCAUCAUCCUACUGUUGCACAGUGCUUCCUCUCCCUCUCUCUUAUGGGGGGUCUCCUUUAGACGUAAAGGAAUAGAACAGCCAGGAUGGAGAUGUUUGAAUGGAGCUGUUCAAUCUCAUGUUUCAUCUAUACCUACAUAAAUAUAAAAUUAUAGAGGCUCUCAGAAACAACUGGCAGAGCUGUAUGAAGAUUGCUAUUUCCAAAGAGUCUGAGACCUCUCUCCUGGAACUGGAGUACGAAGUUGUGCUCUAUAUUUAAAUUACCCGUUCUGAAGAAACAAGUGAACCAUCAGCCCCCAACAGAGUUACUUACUAACAGCAGUUAUUCUCUGAGCACCUGAAGUGCUGCUAAAAGAUUAACUAACAGAACCGUUUACCUUAUGUACAAUUGCUAGUAACUGAACAUAAGUCAAAGACAGUAGAGUCAGUAACAACUGGGAUGCAAUUAAUUCAGAUGAAGUUCAAGUUAAAAAGAAGCCCCGCUUUGAGUACCUGAGUCAGACCUGUAAGUCCAACAGUAUUAUUAUUUUUAGUGAAGUAUCCAGAACCAGCUCCCACCACAUUAACAAAAC